AUGAACGCCAGGAACGCCCCCUCGAUGAGCUCCAGCGUCUCCGGCGCCUCCCGCCGCGGCGUGGGGUCCGGCAGCGUGUACGGAGGAGCCGGAGGGUCCGGGGUCCGAGUGUCCAACGCCUCCUUCUCCUUCGCCGCCCAAGGCGCUACCGGCGCCUCAAACAUGGCCGACAACAUCACUGUCAACGAGAAGGCCACCAUGCAGAACCUGAACGACCGCCUGGCCUCCUACCUGGAGAAGGUGCGCUCGCUGGAGAAGGCCAACGCCGAGCUGGAGCUGAAGAUCCGUCAGUUCCUGGAGAGCAGGGCGAGGCCGGCGGCGCACGACCUCACCGGCUUCAACCUCCGCAUCCGGAAGCUGCAGGAAGAGGUGAGGACCCGGGUCGUAGGAAACGCCGCCCUCGUCCUCGCCAUCGACAACUCGCAGCUCGCCACCGACGACUUCAGAGUCAAGUACGAGAACGAGCUGGCCAUGCGCCAGUCGGUGGAGGCCGACAUCGCGGGUCUGAAGCGGGUUCUGGGCGAGCUGACGCUGGGCCGCUCCGACCUGCAGAUGCAGACUGAAGGUCAGAAGGAGGAGUUGUUCCAGCUGAAGAGGAACCACGAGGAGGACCUGAUGGCGCUCCGGGCUCAGAUGAGCGGCAACGUCAACGUGGAGGUGGACGCCGCUCCUCAGGAGGACCUGUCCGUGGUCAUGGCUGGAAUCAGAGAGCACUACGAGGCCGACGCCUCCAAGAACCGCCGAGAGCUGGAGUCCUGGUUCCAGGCCAAGUCGAGUGAUCUGAACAAGGAGGUGAGCGUGAGAACUGAGACUCUGCAGACGUCCAAGUCCGAGAUCGGAGAAAUCAGACGAACUCUUCAGACUCUGGAAAUCAAACUUCAGGCUCAGAUCAGCAAGAAAGGAGCUCUGGAGGGAACUUUGGCCGAGACCAAGAACCGCUACUCCAACAUGCUGGCCGGGUACCAGCGGCAGGUGGAGGCUCUGGAGGAGCAGCUGAACCAGCUGAGAUCCGACCUGAAGAACCAGGGGAACCUCUACAGAGACCUGCUGGACAUCAAGACCCGGCUGGAGCUGGAGAUCGCCGAGUACAGGAGGCUGCUGGACGGAGAGACGGAGAGCACCGUCACCACCACGAGGACGACCCGGGUGGUGACCAUCGUGCAGGAAGUGGACGAAGCAGGAAACGUGGUGACCACCAACUCCAGCUGA